AUGAGCGACAGCGAGAAGGAGACGGAACCAUCUUCGGAUGUUGCAAGCGCAUCAAGUCUCCCUCCUCUUCUCCUCGACGAAGGUGGGGAUUACGCUGUUGGAGAACCCGUAGGAAGUAGUCUUUACAUGUACCGUGAUUUCAGCACCGUCAACGAGGACGAUGAAGAUGCACCAGAUAUUCCGCCGCCUACCCCGAGCACUCGUGGAAACAUGGAAACUUCAAUUCGGGUCCAAAAGUUUCCUGUAAAACUGUAUGCGAUUUUAGCUCAAAGGGAGUUUAACGACAUUAUCGCAUGGAUGCCGCAUGGUCGUGCUUGGAAAGUGUUGAAACCUAGUAUGUUUGAAAGCAUGGUUAUGCCCCUGUUUUUCGAGUAUAGCAAUUACCAUUCAUUCAAUCGCUUGGUUAACGCAUGGAGCUUUCGCCGAGUAAGCUCGGGGUCUGAUCGAGGAGCAUAUUAUCAUGAGGUACAUGGAAUUUGA